GGUCCUCACGCUCUUAUCUGAUCUCCCCAACCCUUUUCCCUUCGGCCAGGGAUGCACCUAGAAAUAUCCGGCCACAGAACCAAAGACCAAGGUGCUAUCAGUCGGCAGUCGCUACGAAGCCUCAGGCCAAGGAGCAAAAUGUCGGCUACAGCUACCGGAAUCCACCCACAUUUCACAUCUCCAGCCUGCCGGAGGAUUUCCGUCCGUCUACCCUUUCCCUCCUUCGCCGGCCUGAGAUGGAACUCCACGAGGUCCGGGAGUUCGCAGAGCUCCAGUCUUUCUACCAGUCGGGGGAAGGCUGCUACUCCGGUUCUCGUCUACGCCUCCGGCAAGCCCCUGCAAGGACGAAGCCUCCGGGUGGCUGUGAUCGGUGGUGGCCCUGCCGGGGGUUCCGCUGCUGAAACCCUAGCGAAGAGCGGCGUGGAGACGUUCCUGAUCGAGCGAAAGCUCGACAACUCGAAGCCCUGCGGGGGAGCGAUUCCCCUGUGCAUGAUCAGCGAGUUUGAUCUUCCCCUUGACAUAAUCGACCGCCGGGUGACGAAAAUGAAGAUGAUCUCGCCCUCAAACGUUGCCGUCGACAUUGGCCGGACGCUGAAGCCCCACGAAUACAUUGGGAUGGUCCGGAGAGAGAUCCUCGACGCGUUCCUUCGCGGCCGCGCGGCCCAGAAAGGGGCUACGGUCAUCAACGGGUUAUUUCUUGAGCUCGAACAGCCGGAAUUUGGUGAUGCUCCGUAUAUCGUCCACUACAACCAUUACGACGGGACGGAGGGCGUCGGGACGAAACGCUCCCUGGAGGUGGACGCUGUGAUUGGAGCAGACGGGGCGAACAGUAGGGUUGCGAAGGCCAUCGGUGCCGGCGAUUAUGAUUACGCGAUUGCCUUCCAGGAGAGGAUCAGGAUCCCCGACGAAAAGAUGACAUACUACGAGAACCUUGCUGAGAUGUACGUCGGUGAUGAUGUCUCACCGGACUUCUAUGGCUGGGUUUUCCCAAAGUGCGACCACGUCGCCGUCGGCACCGGCACCGUCAUAAACAAGAAGGACAUCAAAAAGUUCCAGUUGGCAACCCGCCACAGGGCCAAGGACAAGAUCGAAGGGGGAAAGAUCAUCCGGGUGGAGGCGCAUCCGAUCCCGGAGCACCCAAGGCCGAGGCGGGUUAAGGACCGGGUCGCGCUUGUCGGCGACGCCGCGGGAUAUGUGACCAAGUGCUCCGGUGAGGGCAUCUAUUUCGCGGCUAAAUCCGGCCGGAUGUGCGCCGAGGCGAUCGUCGAGGGGUCGAUGAACGGCCGGCGGAUGAUUGACGAGGGAGACCUCCGGAAGUACCUGGAGAAGUGGGACCGGACCUACUGGCCCACCUACAAGGUGCUGGACAUCCUGCAGAAAGUGUUCUACCGGUCGAACCCCGCAAGGGAGGCGUUCGUGGAGAUGUGCGCGGACGAGUACGUGCAGAAGAUGACAUUCGACAGCUAUCUCUACAAGACGGUGGUGCCGGGCAACCCCCUUGACGACCUCAAGCUGGCCUUCAACACCAUCGGCAGCCUGGUGAGAGCCAACGCCCUGGGGAAGGAGAUGGUCAAGUUGAGGGAUUGAGGAGGAUGGACCUGUACUCGUGGAGUCCACAUCGUGGUUGGGGCGUUUUGUACGGGAAGUUUUCAGGACGCAAUAACUUGGAUCUUUUCUCUGAGUUGGUCUGAUCGGUCUUCAGUGUUUGGUGUUCCAUGCUUCCUUUCUGUUGCAGCAUUUGGGCCAUCAGCCGCCAAGGGUUGCAUUAUUUUAAUGUGCACUACUGUCAAGAGAGAGCAUUUCGCGUA